AUGUGCACACUAGUCGCGGAAAAGAGGGCAGCAGAUAGCCAGUUUUUGACGUUGACAAGAGUCAUCGAGAAUCCCGGGAACACGCUGUUCGACAUCAAUAAUCGCCAAGCUGGUUCAAUAUCCUCCGAGUUGAAAUCCUACUGUUCGCUAGUUGAGCGCAUUUUUUGCGAGAUCGGUGCGAUUCAGUCGAGCCUUGAGCAGAAUCAAUGCCGGAGAUUCCGACAUGGCAUAUUGAAGCUUCAUGCAGAAGAGGUCACUCACUCUCGGGGGCAUCGGUUAUGUCUAUGCCGUCCGCUACUGAAAACAAUGGGAAAAUCAUCUUCAUCCGGAACACAUGUGAAAUCCGACCGUGCAAUAGCUGAUGCGACAUCGGCAGGAGACAACGAUGAUUCCAAUGAUGCCCAACAUUCUCCAAUAGAAGCCCCAAAGGUCAACGACAUGCCAGCAACCCCAGCAGAAAACCCUCGCAAGGAGUACCUCCUACAAAUUAUCGGUCAUGGAAACUCGGUACUACUAAGCCACCUGGGUCCGAAUCGACCUGACAUCGCGGCAUUCGAGAGGAACUGUCCGUCUUUGGGGGAGAUCAUACCAGCAACUUUCGAAAGGGAACAACAGCAUUCUGAUGAGACUGUAGCCAAAUCUGCUUUAUAUUUGUUGAGCGACAAAGCUCCAUCCCUGAAGAUACCGCCUCAGCUCCCGAUUCCCAAGAUAUUGCCUAAUGAGCCCGAGGCAAGUACUGAGAGGCCCUCCAAGAGAGCUCGUACUGUUCAAGAGGAAGAUCCCGUCGACUAG